AUGCGCCUCUUUAGCAAAUUUCACGCGGUCUGCGCCUUGGCUGUGUGCAGCAUUCUCCUGUCAGCCUCCUUUCUCGCCUCUCAGCAUUACUAUCGUCGGGUAGUCUUGACAAAAGAGCCUUCGUCGGAUUUCCGCGCCACGGCAUCUUUCGACCGUCGCCUAGUCGUCUUUGGUGACUCGUGGAGCGAUAACAAUGCAGCCGAGCUUCAGGGAUCUGUAUGGACGGACUGGCUUUGUAACUCGUUCUCAUGUCACCAUGAAAACUUAGCAGAGACAGCCAAGUCUCUGAGAGGAAACUACAUUGGCUCUGUGGUGGAUAACACGGAGCUGUCGGGUUCCUUACUCAACCUCUACAAGUCUCCAUUGGCGGAUUUGAAAGCUCAGGUCGCCAAUUGGAUUGCGGCGGAGACGGAAGCCACGAGAGAGAUGGAUGCGACUGCGGUUGGCAUGCGUCAGAAUCGCACCAUCGUGGUUGUCUCGUUUGGUGUAUGGGACUUGUGGAACGUAAUGCCAAAGACGUACGAGGACGCAUCCCAUGCAGUCGAUCGCAAUAUCAAAGUCAUUAUGGAGGAGCUGGAUUUGCUGGCCGAGACAUGGGGCGGCAAUGACCUCAAGAUCAUCCUGACAUUAGCACCAGAUGUAACCUUCCUGCCGGCCUAUAGAGCGCAGGGGCAGCCGCAGAUUACCAAGCACAAAGAUGCCGUGAGGAUCGCAGACUAUUGGAACGGAGAACUCCGCAAUAAUGCCGAAGAUUGGUCGAACGGCACGAUUUAUUUGUUCGACACCAACUCUUUUCUGGCCGACCAGAUUCGCGACUGGCAACUCUUUGCCGCAGGGAUCGAAGAAGAGAGUGGAUUGGGGAAGAACGAGGAUCCCGGUUGGGAGAAUGUUGAAGACGCAUGCGUCCAAAGCAGCCAGCAAUGGAUGGUGACGUCAGGCGCGCAACAGUGCGACCGUCCGGAGAAAUUUCUGUUCUGGAACGAUAUGCACCUUGGCCCCUCAGCGCAUAGGCUUCUGGGCGCGGAAGUAAAAGCAUUCAUCCUAUACCGCCAACAUUACCAGGCUGCAGUGGUCGCGCAGAAUCCAGGCCUUGCCAAUCCUGAAAUCUCCAAAAUUAUUGGGGAACAAUGGAGAGGACUACCACAAGAGACAAAGGAUGAGUGGAAAGCGCUGGCAGAGGAGGAGAAAGCUCGGCAUCAACAACAAUACCCAGAGUAUCGCUAUCAACCUCGUCGCUACGGUCGGGAUGGGAAUCUCCGGAGUGGAGCAUCUGGCAUCAGCCAUAACCCUCCAGGCUCUACAGUCUGCAGCCGAUGUGGAGGCCGUGUGAUGAACCCUCCAGUAUCACCAGAGACUCCUUAUACACCCAGGGCCUCCUUUUUCGGCGGAAAGUCGGCACCUGGUGAAGUCUUCUCAGCACGCAGUAGCCAGUGUCGAGCCAAAGAUCUAGAUCGUGCUCCUAAUGUCAUCAAGCUCAUCCCUAGCGGAAAUGGGGAGUCACGCAUGCCUCGCCAGCACUUUGUGGAAAGCAGAAGCCGAUCACCAGAUAGUAAGCGCAGGCGGUUGGGACCGCUUGGUCCUUACGACAUCCGUGAAAGAAGCCCGGAUUCUUCGUAUCCUGCAUCUCCAUACACACCUCGCUCGGCCGUAGCAGACUCACGAGGUCUGUACCAGCCGCUACAGCAGCCACGGCCCGGCCGAAAUGUCAAGGAGUAUACCCCGCCGGAUCCCAGCUUGAAACUUCCACCGCUACAAACAGCUGCUCAUGUUCCCGGGACUAUCACCCCAACGACUCCGUAUUCGCAUGAUGGGCCUAGCAUCGAAGCCACGGUCAUGACAAUCCCGUUCCUCAACAAGAUAAAGGUCCUGGCUAAGAUCUCCCCGCCCUUAACGCCAGCAUACCAUGACGGAUCUUCGUUCCGACGCGGGGCUGUGAUUGCUGUGGAUGGACAAGAUCCCGUUCUGGUCAAGAUGAUGGUCGAAUUUUUGAACAACACAUUGCAGAAAGAGGGCAGAUAUCUCACUCGGGUUUUCGGAGGGCCUGAGAUUCGGUCUCGUGAGAGCUAUUCCGAAUCCGAGCAAAUGGGUGAUGCAACUGUCGACUAUCUCAACAUCAUCUCCUCCUGGCACCGCAUCUCUGACGAAAUAGUUAGCUUCGUGAAGCCUUCACGAGCAUCAUCGGAGCCAAAGUCCGUCGACGAAGAAUCUACGCCAGGAGUGUCGCCGCGGACUAUUAUACCCAAGACUGCUGAAUUACAAAUCAACUCUCCAGAGCAAUCCAGCGACAACAGCUCUGUGUCGACAGUCUCUACCGGAAUGGGCUCCAUUACGAUGCCGGUGCCUGUCGCGCUUGUUCCACGGUACCAACUAACGACUGCGGAUGCUUUUGCCUGCUCCGUCCCCAUCGGGGAUUCGUAUGCACCACUUGACCACUGGCAGUGGAUGGCAUCUCUGUGGCGGGCGUGCGUAGGACCGGACAUAACCGUGUACAUCCGAGAAUGCGAGAAGGACGAACUAGAGCGUCUUGGAGGUAACCCCGUGGAAGUUCGUCUUCAUGAUGCGCGAACCAUUGUGGUUCGAAGACUGACUUCCUCAUCGAGUGAACUGGAGGAGAAAUCGCUUAAGAGAGUCGGCUUCGAAAUUGAGGAUUUUCUCACCCAAUGA